CUGUAUGCAUAAAGUCAAGGCUAUAAAGCAUUGAUUUAGCAUUCUUUCAUAUACAAAACAUGACCAACACGGGGGACUCCAGCCAUCAUGUACAAGUUCAAGAAGCAGUCUUUAUUACCCCUUCGGACCCAACUCCCUCUCAUGUUCUUAACCUCUCUGCUAUCGAUUCCCAGCUUUUUCUACGGUUUACAAUCGAAUACUUACUGAUCUACCAUCCUCCUCGCCACCGAAGGGCGGGUUACCGGAGUGCCAUCACCGCCCUUGUUAAAGACGCCCUCGCUCGAGCCCUUGUUCCAUACUAUCCUUUGGCAGGGCGAGUCAGGACUCGAUCCGAUGGCUCUUGUCUUGAAGUGGUUUGUCGAGGUCAAGGCGCAGUGUUCGUUGAGUCCACUGGUGAGUUUACAAUCUCCGAUUUCGAGAAGGCUCCAAGGUAUGUGACGGAGUGGCGAAAGCUUUUGGCGUUGGAGGUGACGGACGUUCUCGAAGGGGCUCCGCCGUUGGUUGUACAGUUAACGUGGCUUGCAGACGACUCAGCGGCUCUCGCUGUCGGUUUUAGCCACUGUAUAUGCGACGGGAUUGGCAGCGUUGAGUUUUUAAACCACUUCGCCAGAUUAGCCAACUGCCACCGGUACGGCGCGGCGGAGGAGUUUAAACCCAAACCCAUUUGGGAAAGACAUCUUCUUGAUCCAACUCCGUAUAGACUAAAAACGAUUCAUCACCCCGAGUUCAUCCCAGUCCAUGACCAUUGCAAGUUCUUGACUCGGUUCAACCAAGAUCAACUCACUCCCACCUCCACCACAUUUCACGAUUGGAGAAUAAACGAGCUAAAGACACUCGCGGCCUCCACGAGUCAACUCAGUAAACCAUCGCUCACAUCGUUCGAAGUCGUCUCUGCUCACAUCUGGAGAAGCUGGGCUCGAGCAUUAAGUUUCCCACCUAGACAAACCCUAAAAUUAUUAUUUAGCAUCAACAUUCGUAACCGAGUUAAACCGAGUCUACCCAGUGAGUACUACGGCAAUGCUAUAGUCCUCGGAUGUGCUCAAACGACAGCAAAGGAAUUAACCGAGAGUGGAUUAGGUUACGCCACGGAGUUAAUAAGGGAAGCAAAGAACAGGGUGGAUGAUGGGUUCGUUAGGGAAGUGGUUGAAUCAGUGAGUUUAACUCGGGGGAAACAAGUACCUGACUCGGUGGGUGUACUCAUUUUGUCGCAAUGGUCAAAGGUAGGGUUGGAAAGUGUUGACUUUGGGCUUGGGAGGCCUGUUCAGGUGUCACCAGUAUGUACAGAUAAGUACUGCAUCCUCCUGCCAAUACCCGAUCAGAGCCGUUCAGUGAAAUCCAUGGUGGCUCUGCCGUCCAUAUCAGUUGGCAAGUACGAGCAUCUGAUCAGAGCUGUUGAAUAAAUCGUUGACUUUUUUAGUAUUUUUAAGAAUUUUGUUUUUUUAAGCGUUUGAUUCUAAUUCGUGUCAACGUGGUUUCCGAGUCAAACUUUUAAAUUAAAAGGGAAUGGAGUCGUCACGUGGAAUAUUUGGACACUUGAGAUGCUAUGGUGACACGUGGAAUUUUUUUGUGACACGUGGAGGUAAUGACGUAAAGAGGGAAUGUACAAAAUGUCCACCACUAAGCAAACAUGGUUGCAAUUUUUGGGGCUUGUUUCAUGCGUAUAGUAGUUUCGCAUUAUUAUAACAUGGAAUAAUUUUAAAAUAUUGUCCAAAAAGAUGCUUACAAAUGUACACAGUGAAUAUAAUGGUGAUGUACUGUUAUUUUUAA